AUGGGGUGGAAGGGUCCUAACGUACAGUUGUCACCCCCUGCUGAUGGGCUGGAGGGUCCUAACGUACAGUCGUCACCCCCUGCUGACGGGCUGGAGGUUCCUAACGUACAGUCGUCACCCCCUGCUGACGGGCUGGAGGUUCCUAACGUACAGUCGUCACCCCCUGCUGACGGGCUGGAGGGUCCUAACGUACAGUCGUCACCCCCUGCUGACGGGCUGGAGGUUCCUAACGACGAUGAAUCUGAUUCAAGAUGGACGACCGAAGAGCUGAGCCAGGAGCCGGGACCCAGUGACCGCCACUUGCGGGUGAAGAAGCAGUGCCUGGGGUCAGGGACACGGCUCGUCACCUUCCAGGACCUCCCGGCAGAGCUGGUGAGCCCCACACAAUACAGAGGGACUGCUGUGCAGCCUCCGUGUCUGUUCAGCGCAAUCGUCUCCUCAUCCAGGAGGGGGCAGCACUGGAACGUCCCGCAGGGACGGCGGUGUGCUUUGCCUCCUCCCCAGGUGGAGCACAUCGUCUCCCACCUCUCAGUCCGGGAUGUGGUGGUCUUGGGGCAGACGUGUCGCUCGCUGCGCAGCGUGUGUAACGACUGGAGGUCCUGGAGACGCCUGUGUCUGCGGAUGAGACCGGAGGCGGCCGGAGACUGGAGGAGACAGACCAUCUUAAACUACACGAAGGGGAUGCGCCUCCACCACUUCUCCAGCCGCCGUGGUGUGUGUGGUGACGCCGUGGCCCCCGCCGGCCCCAAUGGUUUCCAGCGCUUCUUGGUCAUGGCGGACAAGCUGUGCGUUCUGGACUAUGGGGGGGCGCUCUUCCACCUCGGCGGCAGCAUCCGGGAUCCCAGCCUCAUCUUUAUCAACGGAGAAUGGAGGACGUACCUGCACUGCGCGCCGCUGUGCCGCAGCGUCAAAGAUUUCACUAGUGACCCGAGGAGCGACACAUCGUACCGGAAGUACCUCUACGUCCUCGCCUCGCGACGCGUCGGCGAUCAAGACCAAAGACAGUGCGACUGCGUGGAGAUCUACCAGCAGUCCAGCGGACAGAGGGUCUUCAAGAUGACCUUCCACCUGUCCAUGAAGGUGAAGAGGAUCACCCUACUGGGCAUGGAGGUGGACAGAGAGCUGCUGCUGCUGACAGAGGCCGGGAGGGUUUACAGCGUCGCCAUCGAUGAACUGUCCCUGGACCGGCCAAGAUCUUACACCACCCAGCUGGCACUGAGGAUGAUGUCCACCAGCCGGCCCGACGCCUCCGUGACGCAAAUGUGGAGCGGUCAGAGCAGCGUCCUCUAUGUCACAGACGAUGGCGCCGUGUACUUGGAGGCUCAUGCUCCUGCCGUCUACAGGGACUUGUAUGGGACCAUUCUAGGCUUUGACUCUCGGGACACACAAAGGCCCCUGGCGAUCCCUCUGCCCAGCAAGGUGGUGUGCUGCUCACUUGGGUACAAACACCUGGCACUGGUGGAUGAAUUCGGGAGGAUUUUUAUGAAAGGUAGCAAUCGCUUUGGACAACUGGGCACCGGGGACAAGAUUGACAGAGCAGACCCCUGCCAGAUUCAGUAUUUAAGGAACCCGAUUGAUGUAUUUUGUGGUCUCAAUCACACAUUAGUCCUAAUACCCUCCAUGGAUUCUGUGAAGGAAAUACACGGCUGCGGGUGUGGAGCUGGGGGACGCCUCCCUGGAUGGCCUAAAGGAAGCCCCUCAUUUGUCAAGCUGCUUUUGAAGGUCCCGCUGUGUGCCCGCCGCAUCUCCUCCACCAGGGACUGCCUUUUUAUCAUGUCCAGUUACGACCCUGAGGAGGACAUCGGAUACAGCAGUGGUUGUCCAGGCGGCGCGGAGGAGGACCCGGCGGCUGCGCAGGCCUGUGAGGAGUGUCUGAAGCAGCUGCAGCGCUGCCCCAGUGUCCAGGAGAGGGUGGCCAAGACCAGGGACUUCAUCAGCCACUUACCCCUGCCGGGGUAUCAGAAGCGCUGCUUGUGGGAGGCGCUGGGCAUGAUACAGCGGGCGGCUGAGAGCAGGCAGGACGGACGGCCACCAACCGCCAUACUGCCCGCGCGGUAGAAGAAAAAUAAAAGUCUCAGAAAAACGUAAAAACUCUGAGAGAUAAAAAUACACCCGAAAUACCGAACCUAAAUACUCCCAUAUACUGCAUCACAUACUGACCCUGCCUUUAACCUACCCGAAAUACUGUCCCCCAGCCUAAAUACCCCCAUAUACUGCCUCAGACACUGACCCUGCCUCCAACCUACCCGAAAUACU